AUGAAAAAACUGCCUGAGAAGUUAGGAAGUCAUAAAAAAUACAAAUUAAUUAAGUAUAGGCUUAAAAAUGCUGUGUAUGAUUCUUUUAUUCCUAGUGAAUUUGAAGAUGCAUGGAAUAGAAUGCUAGAGAGGUACCAACUCCAAAAAAAUAAAUGGUUGAUAAGUUUGUACUUAGAAAGACAUAGAUGGGUCCCUUGUUAUGUGAAAGAUACUUUCUGGGCAGGUAUGUCUACUACACAACGUAGCGAGAGUAUUAAUGCAUUUUUUGAUAAAUAUGUAAACAAAAAAACUACCUUGAAACAAUUUGUGGAACAAUACGAAAAUGCAUUAAGGGAUAGGGCGGAGAAAGAAAAUAAAGAAGAUUUUAAUUCAUACAAUACACAUUAUCAACCAAUUACCCGUUAUGCCAUGGAAGAACAAAUGAGGGAUGUUUUCACCCAUGUCAAGUUUAAAGAGUUCCGGGAAGAAUUGACAGGAAAAAUGUAUUGUGGGAUAGGUUCUGUAAAAUCACAAGACAUGGUUUUUGAAUAUGAAGUACUUGAGGAUGUUAUGGCCAAUGGAAGAAUAAUAAGGAAACCAUUUAGUGUUUUGUUUAGAAAGGGUGAUUCGGAGGAAGAAUGUGAUGUGAGAUGUAAAUGCCGCUUGUUUGAGUUUCGUGGAAUGUUGUGUAGGCAUGCACUUACGGUACUUAUCCAUGAGAAGAUAUAUUUGGUGCCAAAUAAAUACAACUUGCGAAGAUGGAGAAAAGAUGUCAAAAGGAAACAUACUAAGGUCAAAGUAACUUAUAGUGAUUGGGUUGGCUCAGAUGAGGGGCGUCGUUAUGAUAGAAUGUGUAGUGCUUUCUCACAAGUGGCGGACUUGGCAUCUGAAUUAGAAGAAAAAUGUAAUCUUGUACUUAACCAGGUCACUGAACUAAUGAGUGAAGUUACAGGUAAAAAAAGUGGUCCUGAUAGCUUUAUAUCUACUCCGGGGCCUAGUAAUUCUACUAAGAGUAGCACAAAGAUUCUCGAUCCCUUGGUAGUGCGAAGAAAAGGUCGUCCUUCGAGUAAGAGAUUAAAGUCCAAUGUUGAAGAAAUCAUUACAAAAAAGCCGAAAAAGAAGAAGGUAUGUUAG